UCGGCGACCGUGUUGCCCGCGAAUUAAACGUUCGCACACAUUGCGGAUGAAACCGUGCCGUUGAUGUCGUAAUAUAUUGAAAGGUUUCGAGGAAUGUUUUUGUUUUGAUCGUUGUUUUGCACCGCAAAAAGGAUGAAACUCAUCCCGGUCGAUUACCAUGGAUUCACGGCGAUGGACAGGCGGUUUUCCAGCCCUAUGCUGCCAUGGAUCGUCUCCGAAAUCAGGAAAAGGAACUAUCUUGAAAGGUUUCCCAACUCAGGAGAAAAAUGGAAGGAGAUUGCAGCUUCGUUUGAGGAAAGAUGGCAUUUCCCACACUGCAUCGGUGCCUUAGAUGGGAAGCAUAUUGAUAUAAUUCCGCCACAAAACUCUGGAUCGUAUUAUUAUAAUUACAAAGGCAAACACAGUAUGGUUCUUCUGGCUAUAGUUGACGCAAAAUACCGAUUCCUACUAGCAGAUUUUGGAACAAAUGGGCGGAUUUCCGAUGGCGGUGUUCUUCAGAAUACAACUUUCUUUGAGAAGCUGGUGAACGAGGAUUUAAAUAUUCCCCAACCUGAUGAUAUUUGUGACAAUUUCCAAAACGUUCCGUAUGUAUUCGUUGCGGAUGAUGCGUUUCCUCUCAGAACUGAUAUUUUGAAACCAUUCAGGCAGGGACUAUUAGAUUCAGCAGACAAAGAGGUUUUUAACUAUCGAUUAUCACGAGCAAGACAUAUUGUCGAAAACGUUUUUGGUAUACUUGCUUCACGAUUUCGUAUCUUUCAGUCUCCAAUUAAUUUAGAACCAGAAAAUAUAGAAAAAAUUGUAAUGGCUGCUUGUGCUUUACAUAACUUUUUGAUUGAACAUCAAUCUAGUACAUACGCUCCUGCAAACUUAAGGUAUCAAGAAAAUAGUAACGAUGGAUCUCUUAUUUCUAUUGGGUGCGAUAGUUCACAAUCAAAUAUGAUUCCACUAAAUCGUCAAAAUCGAGGAAAUAUUGGCAAUGACGCAAAAGAAAUCAGACAACGCUUUAUGGACUACUUCAUGAAUGAUGGCGAAGUCCCAUGGCAGAAGAAUCACAUUUUAAAAAACAAAUAA